AUGUCAAACGUUAGUUUACAAAUCAGACAAGCGGUUCCUGCUAUUGAUUCAGUAGUGGCAGAUUACGCCGUUGGGUAUAUUCAACAUGUAUCGGAUGCUACAGAAGACAGUGUUCGUGCUCAGAGGAUCAACAUCCCCGAUGAAAUGGCAUUUUUAACCAGCUUGUUAAUUUCAGCUGGUGGUUCAUCUGACAAAGUGCAAAACUUAACUGAAUCCAUUACGCAGCAGUUGAGUGAAAAAUUGCAAAAGAAUAUGGAGAAAUUGGCCAUCACUGGUGACACUUCGAAAAGAUUACUUGAUAUCAAUGUAUUGCAAAAUAAUACCAAAAGAGACAUCAAUACCUCACUUGCGUUGUUAUCGGCAAGCAACGAUAUUGAGCAUACGGGUAGAGUAAUGGAAACUAGAGUUGACAAGAAGAAGUUGGAGAAACAGGAGAGGAAAAUUGCUAAAAAAGUUGCCAAACGUAAUAACAAGUUUGUCAAAUAUGAAGCAUCGAAAUUGUUGAAUGAGAAGCAAGAGCAAGAUUACGAUUCAUUCUUUCUUGAAAUUAACCCACUUGAUUUUGGAUCAAGUGCAGGUAAGUCCAAAGAUAUCAAGAUUGACAAUUUUGACUUGUAUGUCGGUGAUGGUCAAAGAAUCUUGAGUGAAGCCUCUUUAACUUUAGCUUAUGGAAGACGAUAUGGUUUAGUUGGUCAAAAUGGUAUUGGUAAAUCUACUUUGUUGAGAGCUUUGUCGAGAAGAGAAUUGAAUGUACCUAAACACAUUACUAUUUUGCAUGUUGAACAAGAAAUUAGAGGUGAUGACACUCCUGCAUUGCAAAGUGUUUUGGAUGCAGACGUUUGGAGAAAGAGUUUGUUACAGGAAGAACUGAAGAUAAAUGAAAGAAUCACUGAAAUUGAAAACUUGAGAAAGGAAUUUGAUGAAGAGUCAUUAGAGGUCAAGAAACUUGAUAAUGAGCGUGAUGACUUGGAGAACCACUUGCAAGAAAUUAGUGAAAAAUUGAAUGAAAUGGAAUCCGAUAAAGCUGAAAGUAAAGCGGCUGGUAUUCUUUAUGGGUUGGGAUUUACCAAGGAAACGCAAAAUGUACCCACUAAGCAAUUUUCUGGUGGUUGGAGAAUGAGAUUGUCUUUAGCAAGAGCUUUGUUUUGUCAACCAGACUUGUUAUUGUUGGAUGAGCCUUCAAAUAUGUUGGAUGUUCCCUCCAUUACAUUUUUGGCCAACUAUUUACAAACUUAUAAAUCUACAGUUCUUGUCGUAUCGCACGAUCGUUCAUUUCUUAACGAAGUGGCUACUGAUAUCAUACAUCAACAUUCAGAAAGAUUGGACUACUACAGAGGUGCCAAUUUUGAUUCGUUUUAUGCCACUAGAGAGGAGAGAAUCAAGAACCAACGUCGUGAAUACGAAUCUCAAAUGGCUUAUAGGCAACAUUUACAAGAAUUUAUUGACAAGUUUAGAUACAAUGCUGCCAAGUCACAAGAAGCACAAUCACGUAUCAAGAAAUUGGAGAAAUUGCCAAUAUUGGAACCACCAGAAGAUGAUAAAGUGGUUACCUUUAAAUUUGCAGAUCCCGAUAGUAUUUCACCUCCAAUCUUGCAAAUGCAAGACGUUACUUUUGGUUAUGAUCCAAAUAAGUUGCUUUUCAGAAAUGUCAAUUUGGAUGUUCAAAUGGAUUCAAGAAUUGCAUUCUGUGGUGGUAACGGUACCGGUAAAACAACCCUUUUGAAGUUGAUUAUGGAACAAAUUACUCCGCUUGAAGGUUACAUCAAUAAAAAUGGUCGUUUAAGAAUUGGUUAUUUUGCUCAACAUCAUGUUGAUGCUAUGGAUUUAUCACUUUCAGCAGUUUCGUGGAUGAGUCAAACGUUCCCGGGUAAAACUGACGAGGAGUACAGACGCCAUUUGGGAUCAUUUGGUAUUACAGGACCCUUGGGUUUACAAAAGAUGCAAUUGUUGUCAGGAGGUCAAAAGUCUAGGGUUGCCUUUGCGGCAUUGUGUUUGAAUCAACCACACAUAUUGAUUCUUGAUGAACCUUCGAAUCAUCUUGAUACUCAAGGUUUGGAUGCUUUGGCGGAGGCAAUGAGGAAUUUCAAAGGUGGUAUAUUGAUGGUUUCGCAUGAUGUUUCAAUCAUUGAUAAAGUUUGUAAUGAAAUUUGGGUUGCUGAAAAUGAUACCAUAUCGAAAUUCCCUGGUGAUAUCCAUGAUUAUAAGAAGCACAUUCUCGAGUCUGCUAAUAUUGCGGGUGUGGUCAAGAGACAUUGA